CAUACAUAUAUAACGGGCGAUGGUGAUUCUGAAAAACGUCAGCGAAGAAAUUUCUUCGAAAUUUGAUCGAUCUUAAAUAUCAAAUGCAAACGAGAGAAAUGAAAAAUCGUGGAAUGACGUUCGAAUUUAUUUUCCUUUGCGCUCUUCUGUGUCCUCAUUUCUGCGUUCGCGCGGACCAUCAGUUUCGAAGGAUUCGUCGUGAAGUCGAGCGAGGCGAUUCCUGCGAUUUCGACGAAACUCGAAGCGAUUACAACGCCACGGAUUUAUUGAGGUGCAUCGAUGAAUUGGUUGUCGAUCUCGUCGAUCGAGAAAGUGACGGGCUGACGAGCGAGAAAGGUCAAUCGAAUGGAUCCACGGGCAGGCAAAUCUCUUUUGUGGACGUUCUCUCGAGUAUUUUUAACAAUGCUGUCACGCCGCAUCAGAGCAGCUCCCAUCCGGCGUACUCGACUUCCGACUACCAGCAAUCGAAUUAUCCGAGCGGAACGGCCGGCCCUUCCCCUGGAUUCCGGCUGAAUCUCCUCGACGCGCUGUCCACGAUAUCCAGCCACGACGACUACAAGUGUGUACCGAGGAUACUCUGCGAGAUGGCGAGCGGAAAACUUCCUGGACGAUCGUUAGGCAAACAGGGAUCCGGCUUCUUCGAGUUCCUCGGUCGGAACGUUUUCACGGACUGGCUGACGAAAAUCGACGUCGCCGGAACGUCCCCGUUGCUGAACUUCGGCAGAGCGAUGAUCCUCGGUUAUGGCAACCGAGGAAAUUCCGUGGCGUGCUACGAGGCGUUCCCAAAGUGUCCGAGCGACGCGAACGGCUUGAUUUAUUAUCUGAACAAUUAUAACGGAGGCUUCUUCAACCUUUUCAACAGGAUUCGGGGCGGAAAAUACAGGAUGUCUGAUAGAGUUCCUGGUCAACGAGUCAACGAUUAUUCGAAGGUCGAGCUGAGGGAAAGGAUAGUCGCUGGGAAUUGGAAGGGACACGUUCGAAAGGGUCCAGCGCGGAAUACAGUUCAGUUUCCACCUACGAAGUAUCGAGAAUAUCACGAGAAGAGAGAAUAUCCAAGAUUCGACAUAGUAAGGAGUAACAAUGACAUCGUCUUUCCCAGCGAGAGAGAAUUGAGCAUCGAACCGUCGACGAAUAGCUUACAGAACGAUUUUCUAAAACCGGAGAACGCCGCAUUUUUCCCCAAAGAAACUGACGACAGAAGGAUCUCUCGAUUUCGAUUUCCUUCGAGUUUCGCGCUCGCACCAUCGUAGCUACAAACGGUGGUCGAUAAAAUAAGCAAAUCCUAAGUAAAUACCACAGUGAAUUCGAUCCUAAUUGAGUACAGACCUUCCCUGAAACGCGUUGAAUGUUCUAGACUCUUAGGCUUGCGUAAAAUACGCCAAGUACUAAUUUAAUUAAUAAUAAAUAAAUAUAAACCGAUCGCUGAAAAAGAGAAAGUUGCAACACAAAUCCGGAAAUCACUGUGCCAGGUGCUUGCAGAACUCGAAAUUUAAAUAGAAGGUAAAAAGAUCCAUUGAACUGUUGCGGAAUACGAAUUUGAAAUUUACAAGCUGCCUCUUUGCAAACUGUCAAUCGAAAGAUUGAACGAUUUCGUUUUUUAAGCGAUUGCGAUCUUUUGACAAUUAUUACAGGGAGAAAGAAAUGACGACGAGAGCUUUAUGUGCAAACGAUCCAUAAAAUAAGCCUCGGUGAAUUCGAUUCUAAUUAUAUAUCCUUCCUCGAAGUGCGUGUAGGAUAAUUUAAACGCGCAGCGAAGAUUAGCACCGCGAUCAAAUAUCGAAUUUCAAUUUUCCAUCGUGUAAACCAGGCGUCAGGCAUACACGUCGUGCGUCGCAAAUUCGCGGAUUAUCAGUGUCCAGAGGAUGGCUGGUGAGGCUCGAUACAAGUUUCCGACCAGGAGGCAACGUCGUUUAUUUCGUCAGCGUGGAGCAACAACACGAUCGGCGAUUUUCUAUCCACCUGUGCGCGAUCCGCUUAUAACAGGAAGUGGCGAGUCGCUCGGCGAACGCGGUGUUACUGACACGGACGCCAUUUGUGGGAACAGCAUGGGGCGCCGUUAGAGCACCGACAACUUGUCCAAUGAAUCUGCGAGAGCCGCUUUAUGUCUCAGUUACGCGCCACGAUAAAUUGUAUUUUAUCUCGAUUCGAUUUCCUGCUUCGCUGCCGGCUCGUCUGUGUACCUGUACACAGGUGCGAGACGCCUCGAAACAGGAUGGAAAAACGAUGAUGGGUGCAGACUGUAGAGAGAAACACCAGUGACGAGUUGAAGAGGAUCGUGACAGGGGAAGUAUGUUGUUAUGCUCGACCAUUUGUGAAGCAAAUUAU